UUGCUCUAAUUUUUCUUUAUCAUUUCCCCAUUAUUGUCCAAACAGAAUUAUUAGGUAGUGUACCAAUGUGCAACACAUAUAAUUGUUACUUUUAACUUUUCCCCACAUAAAUUUUUCCACAAGCCCCAUGUUUAUUCGGAUUUUUUAUGCUUUAAUCACAUUAUAAAUGGACCAUCUUAAACAUUCAAUUCAUUAACACAAAAAAAGUAUUUAUCUCUUAUCAAACUCACAAUCAACAGCUUCAGAUUCUUCAACUUGAUCUUAGUUUUAUCUCUACUGUUUCUCUUUCUCCAGCUUUCUUCCAAUUUUUCCAUACAGCCCAUUUUUUUCCAGCUCUGAGUAUACUAAAUAUCAAGACUCUUGAAAAUGGUUGAUGCCUUUGUGUCAUUUGCAGUUGAAAGCCUGGGGAAUUUCCUCAUACAGGAAGUUAACCUGCGGUUAAGUCUGAGAGAGAAAGUGCAGUGGCUGCGAGAUGAGCUUCUCUUCAUGCAGUCUUUCCUCAAAGAUGCAGAAGAAAAGCAAGUUGGAGAUCAAAGAGUUCAACAAUGGGUGUUUCAAAUUAACGAUUUUGCUAAUGACGUUGUCGCUAUACUGGAGACUUACAGUUUCGAGGCUCGUAAAGGUGAUGAGGGAGGAUUUGCUAGUCGUCUUAAGGCUUGCGCUUGCGUAUGUAGGAAGGAGGCCAAACUCUACAAGGUUAGCAAGGAAAUUCAAUCCCUCAAGAAGCGAAUCACGGAUAUCUCUCGCAAGCGAGAGACUUAUGGUAUUAGAGAUAUCAAUAAUGUAGGAGAAGGGCCAAAUAAUUAUAGGCCAAACAAUCAGAGAUCUGGCUUGAGGAGAACUAUCUCCUACAUGGAUAAGCAGGAUCAGAUUUUUGUUGGCUUUGAGGAUGUCGUAGAAAUAUUGCUUGCUGAACUUGUCAAAGAAGAGCCACGCCGAACCGUCAUCUCCAUUUAUGGCAUGGGCGAGUUAGGCAAGACUACUCUUGCAAAACAUCUCUACCACUCCCCUAGCCUAACCGAUAUCUUCAAUGCACGUGCUUGGGUAUAUGUUUCUCAACAGUAUAACACCAUGUAUCUUUUUAAGAUUAUCGUCAAAUCCAUCCAAGGACGUGAUAGGGGAACUCUAGAUCUAAUGGAAAAGAUGACGGUCACUGAUCUAGAAGAGCACCUUCAGGAUCUACUGAAAGAGAAAAAAUACCUUCUGGUGGUCGAUGAUGUAUGGCAGAGAGAAGCAUGGCAAAGUCUGGAAAGAGCACUCCCAGAUAGCAAUAAUGGAAGCAGAAUUAUUAUUACCACGCGCAAUGCGGAUGUGGCCAAAAGAGCAGAUGACAAUGGUCUUCCCCAUAACCUCCGUUUCCUAAUAGAAGAAGAAAGUUGGGACCUCUUUUGCAGGAAACUACUCGACAUUGAGGCAAUGAUCCCAGCAAUGGAAACGCUGGCUAGGGAUAUGGUGGGAAAAUGUGGAGGCUUACCUCUUGCAAUUGCUACACUAAGCGGGCUUCUUUCACAUAAAAGGGGGCUAGAAGAAUGGGAAAGAGUGAAGGAACACCUUUGGAGCCAUGUGAAAAAUGACUCCAUUGCAAUCUCGGACAUACUAUCACUGAGCUACAAUGAUUUGCCAACUGUGCUCAAAUACUGUUUUCUUUACUUGGGUAUUUUUCCUGAAGAUCGUCCGAUUAUUGCUAAAAACCUAAUGUGGUUGUGGAUGGCUGAUGGAUUGAUACCAAGAGGAGAAGAAAGAAUGGAGGAUGUAGCUCAAGACUUCCUGAAUGAGCUGAUAAGGCGAAGCUUGGUUCAAGUGGUAGAGACAUUUUGGGAAGAAGUUACUGAAUGUAGGAUUCAUGAUCUACUUCGGGAUCUUGCCAUACAAAAGGCAUUGGAGGUAAACUUCCUUGACACUUAUGGUCCGAGAAAGCAAUCCAUUUCCUCCUUAUGUCAUAGACAUACCAUCCAUGGUCAAGGAGAAAGGUACCUCACUCUUGAUCUUUCCAAAUUAAAGUUAAGGUCAGUUACAUUCUUUGAUCUAGAAGGUCUUAAGCUGGAUAGGAUAAAGUUCCGCAAUAUGUUCCAACAUUUAUAUGUGCUAUACUUGGAGUUUGGUUAUGACAGAGUUACACUACCAGAUGCCAUAGGAAGUUUGUACAGCCUCAGAUACUUAGGCUUUACAGGUCAUGUUGAUAUCCCCUCCUCCAUAGGCAACCUCAAGAAUUUACUAACACUCCAUUCUCCAAUUACUGGUGGAGGCUACUGCCGACUACCUCCUGAGACAGCUAACCUAGUAAAUCUAAGACAUUUAGAAGUUCUAUACACAGAACCUCUGCAACAUAUAAACAAACUCACAAGUCUUCAAGUUCUUAGACGCAUUUGUCCUGAUCAGUGGCGAGAUGUUAACCCUGUUGAUUUGGUCAAUCUUCGAGAAUUAAGCAUGGAUACUGUUGAGGAAUCUUACUCCCUAAAUAACAUUAGCAGCUUGAAAAGCCUUAGCACUCUCGAAUUGUGGUGUUUUGGUGAUGAAUCAUUCCCAGCCCUCGAAUUUUUUAGUUCUUGUCAAAAGCUCCAGAAAUUGAGGUUAGUUGGGAGAAUAGAAAAACUGCCCCCAUUUCCAAAUUCAAUCACAAUGAUGAUCCUUGAUGACUCACAACUCAUGGAAGAUCCGAUGCCUAUUCUGGGAAUGUUGUCAAAGCUAAGGGAUCUCAAAUUAGUAGGAGCUUAUGAAGGAAAAGAAAUUACCUGCAGUGAAAGCAGCUUCAGUCAACUGGAGAUCCUUCGUCUUGAUACUCUUCCAAACCUAGAAAGAUGGGAUUUAGGCACAAGUGCAAUGCCUCUCAUUAAAGGUCUCGGUAUCUAUGACUGUCCAAAGCUAAAGGAGAUUCCCGAGAGAAUGAAAGGCGUGGAGAAGUUGGAGAGAUGUCGUUAUUCAUGAAGCUUUUCAAGCAUAAUAGCAGAGGAGAAGCAACUAGCUCUUAGUGAAAAAUAAAAUGGCAGAUGCGGGUAUUGUUGUGAACCACUUGAAGACAUUCACAUUGUAGAAGCAUUAAUCAGAUUUCAGGACUCUCAAUGAGAGCUUAUCUCAAACUUGAAUAUUUUGCUUUGGUUUUUGAGUGUUUAAUUUCCUUUUGUUUUGGGUUUUAUUGAGUGUGUGGAAUUGGUUUGAAUAGAAUUGUUUCUGGGAUUCUAUGCAAGAUGAUUUUGUGAUGUUUUAA